AUGCCUUCAGUCAAUUUGGAUUCUUCUACGUCGUCAAUAGGGCCCCAUGAAAAUGAGCAUCCCGAAAUUCCGAUCAUUGAUGACAAUGAACCGUUAGUUGACGUGAUCCGAAAGCUAUAUAAUUAUUUGGCAUUAACCAUAUCUGAUGUCUCAUAUACCUUUGAGCAAAUUGGAUCUACCUCCCACGGCUAUAGUCUCAGGUUGCUUAUUCAAUCUUUAGUGGAAAGCUCACAUAACACUUAUAUUAUUCCUGCACUGAUGAUCCUGAAGUGGCAAUUCGAUAAUGCUGCCGAUUAUGAUUGGGGCGUAAGUGAAAGUCGAGGAUACGCUUGUGAAUAUGUUGCCUGGCAAUUUGUCUGUCACCUUAAUCAGCGGGAAACUCUUGAAUACCUACUUGAGGAACUCACAUGGCCCACACAGAAGGCUAUCAACCUUCCUCAUGCAGAAAUGGGCACUUCUGGAUAUGCCUCUGCUACUGCCACUAACCACCGGACACUAGAAGCCAAUGAGAGGGUACCAUUGUUGAUGGGCUCAUCGUCGUCUUUGUAUCGCUUCUUUGGCGGCACGAGGCAUCUAGGUAGCUCAAUUGAGGGUGAUAGUCGAGGCUCCCACGACUUCACACAUGAUGCGUAUGAGCUGGAGAAAUUCUCACUGUUUUUUGGACUGAAUGCUCUAGAAAUUGCAACUAUUGCUCACGCAAAGAAAUUCCUCAGCCAAAAAGUGGUACAGAGAGUCAUUGAUCAUAUCUGGAAAGGAGAGAUUGUUUUCUGGGACACGCUGAGUGUGCACUCGACAAAGAAACCACACUUCUUCAAUAAACGGACGGCGGAUCCUUAUUCUCGAUUGCGGGUUCCGGUAUAUCGCAAAGCGUUUGAAGCGGCUUUCUUUGUCUCGUUCUUAGUCCUAUACUACGCGGUCUUAGUUGAGCGAAAGCCUACGGGUAUAGGAAUCUUUGAAACACUGAUGUAUUUCUGGAUCGCUGCCUUCGCUUAUGAUGAAGUAAGCGGAAUGGCAGAUGCGGGGAUGCUUUUCUAUCAGAUGGACUUCUGGAAGCUGUGGAAUAUGGGAAUAAUAGGUACCGGACUUGCCUUUGUCAUUGCAAGUGAGUCAUUAUCCCCUGUGAAUCUGCCUUACCGUUCGUUCAGCUUUUUCAGCUGGACUAGGAUUCUGUGCCAUCGGGGGAUUAUCGGGUUGGCCAAGGAUAGUGAUUACAUUACAGACUUGUCAUUUGAUAUACUUUCGCUAAUUUUCGUCUCGAUGACGAACCUGUUACUGAUCUCUUCGUUGGUCAGUCUCAUGAGCAUGAGCCUAGAAGGGGUUAUGGCCCACGCUCGCGAAGAAUAUCUUUUUCAGUUAUCUAUUUACGUGUUGGAAAGCAGUAAUUCUCGACGAUUAACCUAUUUCAUGCCACCAUUGAACCUCAUCCCUCUGCUUUGUAUCCGCCCACUGAGGCUCUUUCUGCCUGCGGAGCAUAUCCGCCGGGUGCGCAUCGUUUUGCUCAGAGCAACGCACCUCCCCUUUGUUGCUCUCAUCUGGGCCUAUGAAUCUGGCCGCCGCUUUGUCUCGCGGCGAAAUAGUCAAUGGCCCCCGACAGCUACAGCACGGGGGAGUAGCCGCCCCGUGUCAUCGAUUCAAACUGGUUUAGCCUUCUCCACCGCUGAUGCUCGCUCUUUAAGUUCUGGUAGGGCUAGAAAACAACCGGACCCGGGGCAGUAUAUUGGGGUGCGUGGACGAGACCCGGGCCCGGCAGGGAGUGUUGACCUCGCAGAUAUGAUCGACGAGGUGGAACGGUUGCGCACUCAAGUGGAGCGAGUGGCAGCCACGGUGGCCUUUCACCACCGAGUUCAAUAA